AUGGUUGCCGAGGACAAAACAUGGGGUGCUGGUCUUGUCGGACUUGUCGUAGCGGUCAUCUAUAUGCUUAAUCUCCUCACGGUUAGGCUCUAUGGCAUCACAAAUGCACAAACAUACUAUUAUUUUGUCAAUUAUGAGCAUGAUCCAGUUGCCAAUAAGCUGCUAGUAUGUGUUUUGUGGACUUUGGAUACUGCACACACAGUUAUCAUCACCCAUUCAGUCUACUAUUAUGUUAUCACCCACUUUGGUAUCCCAGAAGCUGAGAUUGUUUGCUUUCAUAGUCCAAUGGUGCUCAUAUGGGUUUCAAGCUAUCUCAUCCGACGGGUGUGGUGCAUGAGCAAGGGGAUCAUCCGGUUGUUCUGGCAUUCCUUGGUCUGGGGCCCAUCAAUUGACAUAGCAUCUGGAUUUGCAUAUGGCAUACGGCUGGUUCUGACCCAUGUACCUGAGAUUGUGGAUCUUAUCAAUAUGGCCCUGGGGAGCACAGUUGCUACAGAUGUUCUACUCACUGUGGCAUUAUCCUUCCUGCUAAACAGAGCAAGGAGUGGGAUCAAUAGGACAGAUAAAAUGAUCAAUACCUUAAUUUUAUAUGCUGUGAACAAUGGGCUGCUCACCAGUAACACACUCCUUGCAACGCUAAAUGCUCGCAGGAGUAUCAGUGGAAAAGGAGAAUUUGGCCAGGAAUAUACCACUUCACUCCGACUGAACCAUUUCCGCGUGGUAGGGAAUACUAAUGUUAUUGAACUGACACCAAACACCUCAGGCAAUAGCCAUACCCGUGUUGGCACUGGGGAAGCUGUCAAAACUUAUGCAGGACAGAGCCAGACUGUUCUCAAUCCUGAGAAUCAUUCCAUCAAGUCAGCAAGGGGGCUCAAGAUGAUUAUUGCACAGAGUUUCUUGAAGCAGGACACAAGUGAAGUUUGA